AUGUCCUACCCCCAGCCCCAUCCUCGCUUCUCCGUACUCUCUUCAUCGUCCCUUACCUCUCUGGACCAUCUUUCGCCCGCAUCGUCAUCCACCCGCUUUUCGCUGCCAGCAGCUCCGUCAAUAAACACUACCUUGGCGACACCAAGACCUGGCGUUCGACCUAACGUCUAUGACCGCAACCUCAACAAGACCCGAGCAGCCGAGGUUUCUGCUUCGGCGUUCGCCUUUCUUUUCUCAGAGGUGGUACAGUACACACAGAAACGCGUGAGUGGUAUUGCAGACCUUGAGCGAAGGCUGAAUACCUUAGGGUAUCGCGUCGGUGUCCGUGUCGUAGAACUCAUGUCAUGGAGGAAUGAAUCUUCUUCAAAAACGCCCAAACGAGAGAUACGAUUCCUUCCGGCCCUUAUGUCCAUCCAUACGCACGUGUGGCGAACAGUAUUUGGAAAGCCAGCUGAUGCUAUCGAGAAGAGUGUAGAGAACCCGGAUGAGUACAUGAUUAUUGACAAUGAUCCACCCAUCACCCGCAAUGUCUCCGUUCCUCGCGAUAUGAGCCAGCUCAGUUGCUCCUCAUUCACUGCAGGCAUUGUAGAAGCCGUUUUAGAUGGGUUGGGAUUUCCUGCGCGCGUCACGGCACAUAAUACCCCCACCGAUGCAUUCCCUAAUCGCACGACCAUCUUGAUAAAGUUGGACAAGGCCGUCUUGGAGCGGGAGGAAGCACUCAAGACAUGA